AUUUCCUGCUCACCCAAUCAGGCAAAAGGCUGUGAAAAAAGGGAAGGCAAUCAUCAAAUUACACAGAGGGUUCCAUCUGUUAUCUUAGACCACUGUUCUCAAGUAACACAGAGAGGAGAUGCUCUGAAAAAACACUCUGCUCAAGCUUUUCUUUGAGACUAUAUUUUUAUACUAUUGGUGCACUGUCAAGGGUUUAUAUAUGCCAACCCCACAGAAGAAAGUUGUUUUCUGCAUCGCCGGUGUGCUCUGUUUCGCUUGUGCUCUGGGCAUUGCAGCAGCCGUUGGAACUCAGCUGUGGAUCAGAGGAAAGAUUCUCUGCAAAACUGGAGCACUGCUUGUCAAUGCCACUGGGCAGGAACUAGAUAAGUUUAUUGGUGAAAUUCAGUAUGGACUUUUCUAUGGGGAGAGAGUUAGACAAUGCGGGCUCGGAGGGAGACCUUUUCGGUUUUCAUUUUUUCCAGAUUUGUUCAAAAUUAUCCCUGCAAGCAUCCACGUUAGUGUCAUCCUCUUCUGUUUGGUGCUAUUAGUAUUUGCCCUCAUUGGAACAGGGUUCUUCAUGUACAAUGCCUUUGGCAAACCAUAUGAAACACUGCAUGGUCCUUUAGGACUCUACCUAUGGAGCUUCAUUUCAUUUUCUUGUGGUUGUCUCAUCAUGAUCCUCUUCUCAUCAGAAGUGAAAAUCCAUCACCUCUCCGAAAAAAUAGCUAAUUAUAAAGAAGGGGGAUUUAUUUUUAAAACUCACAGUGAGCAAUUUGCAAAUUCAUUCUGGAUCAUCCUGGUGUGCUCAUUAGUACACUUUCUGAACAUUUUGCUAAUACGCCUUGCUGGAUUUGCAUUUCCUUUUUCAAAGUCAAAAGAUUCAGAGACAGCAAAUGGAGCAGUCGAUCUAAUGUAUUAGAUGGCUUUUGAAUCCUAUUUUUUCUGCAAAUGGGUACCACCAAACCUAAAUGGGCUUCAAAGGGAAUAUAGUAAAAAAAAAAACUCCAAAAGAGAGAUACCAGUACACACACAUAAUAAAUUAGUUAAAUAACAUUUGUAUAAGAAUUAUAUUCAAUCCUCAAAUUACAUUAUUGAGUAUGAGCUUUUUUCAUUUAGAAAAUACAUGGUUGUUGACAUAAUGUCAAAGAAUGGGUUGCAUUAAGUGUAUUAUAGAAUCCAAACUAGGUUUCUUAGUCCAGACAUUCAGGCAAACCAUCUUUUUUCACAUCUUCAUUUAAAAUCUCUUGAUGUUAUUCUACACACAGAGUCUAGAGCAGACAUGGGCAAAAUUGGACCCUCCAGGUGUUUUGGACUUCAACUCCCACAAUUCCUAACAGCCUAGAGACACACUAUAUAUUAAACCAGGAUCUGUCAAUUUAGAUGCAAUGGCAAAUCAGUUUGCUCAAACUGCUGUUCCCAAACCAGCUUCAAAUCUUGAUGAUUAGGUCCUUCUUUUGUGGCAAUGGGCAUACUGGGGUGUAUUGGAUGAGAUCUUUUUAAGCAUGAAAGCAAACAUGAAAAAAAGGGAAAUUCCAGACAGGAAACAAUCAGGGCCAGCUAACACCUUCCAACAAAGGAUUCCCCCAGACAGGAAGCAGCCAGGCUUUGAAGCUGCAAGGCCAUUAAAUGUCAAACAAAGUGGCCAAUUGCAACAUUCACACUUGCCUCCAGCAGACAAGAGUUCUUUCUCCCACCCUGGACAUCCCACAGAUAUAUAAACCCCAUUUACUUAGUUUCCAACAGACCUCACAAUCUCUGAGGGUUCCUGCCAUAGAUGUGGGUGAAACGUCAGGAGGGAAUGCUUCUGGAACAUAGUCAUACAGCCUGGAAAACUCACAGCAACCCAAACAUGAAAACAUUUGUUUAUCAACCAUGACGCAUCAUGGCAAGCCAUAUUUUAAUAUUAUGUCACAACUACUUAAUUGUUUGUUUAAAAUGACUAGAGACCUAGAAGAAAGCAAUAUGACCGAAGUAAUGUAAGAAAAUAAUAGACCAAAAUACGAACUUUUAAAAUGGAAAUAUAGUCAUUCCAAUAAUAGGACGGUAUAUACCUACAUAUGUAGAGAUAGUGAUAUAUUGGAAUUGUUUCCCUUUUUAAAAAAAACAUUUUGUGUACGUAUAUCAAAACAAGAAGUCAUCAAGCUCCUAGAAAUUUGAAAUAAGGCAGCACUGAGGAGAAGAAACUAAAUUACUUAAAUUUAACAGCUUAAGUGACAUCCUGUAUUUUACUCCAUCAACAGAAGGAAGAAGAGCUGGACGCAUGGAACAACCCCUGUUCCCAAAGUCAUUCCAGUUUCGGAGUGAAAACAUCAGAUACCACCUCAUACUGUUGUUUCCUGAUGUUGAAUUACUUCCAAACCAGUCAACAACACUACCAAAGAUGUCACUUAUGUAUGCUUAAUGUCAACCUCUGCCAAAAUGGAGUAAACCUAACAUUUUUGGCCUGUUUUGCUUUCUUUGUUUUUAAUUUUGGUAUUCACAUUUAUAAGCUUUGAUUUUAGAAGCAGGGUUCUGAUUCUCUUGAUGUGCAGAUAGAUGCUUUGAACAUUAAAUAAAUUCUACUCUUCCUAA